AUGGCUAUGUUUCCUGGAGAAGGAGAUGACGAGAUUCAUGACCGGGUGCCGGGAGAGGUAGAUUCCGCUGAUAUUAACAAGCCUUGGACCAUGUUUUUCGAUAAAUCGUCAUAUGAUACUGUCGGAGGAGCGGGAGUAGUGUUCGAAGCACCGCAAGGAGAAUUGCUCUCAUAUUCAUUCAAGUUGGACUUUUCUUGUAGUAAUAAUGUAGCCGAAUAUGAAGCUUUAAUCCUAGGGCUCAGAAUCGCAAAGGAGCUUGGCUUGGGAGGCGUCGAAAUAAAAGGUGACUCGAGGUUGGUAACUAAUCAAGUCAACGGGGAUUUCCACGUCAAGGAGCCACAUUUAGCUCCAGAUCAAGCAGAGGCCCAAAACCUGAUAAGUCAGACAGGGUCGACCCUAGAUCAUACAGGCAGCGGAAAGAAUAAAAAUGAUGAUGCCCUGGAAACACUAGCUAGCAAGAUGCAAUUGAAUGAUAAAGAAGAGGGCACGGUAACAGUUAAAAGGAAGGAGCUGCCUAACACCUGGAAAGAAGAUAUGGCCUUCAAGGAGGCGGAUGAUUGGAGGCGGACUUACAUCGACAAUCUGAGCAAAACGGAAGAGGAUCGUGUAAUACCUACCCGAACUAUGAAACAAUUCGUAUUGAUCCAAGGAGCUCUUUACUAUCGAGAAACAGGGGGAGCCCUCGCCAGGUGCGUAAAUAAGAGAGAAGCGGAAAAAAUACUCCGGGAGCUGCACACGACGACAUGUGGGCAAACUGCAGCAGUCCAUCUAUACAUAAAGCUUCAGAGGAGAGGGGUAUACUGGCUUAGUAUGUCAGUGCAAGCAGCGGCCCUUCAAGACAGUUGCGCUGAUUGCCAAGCCCCACCACAACUCUCCGAAGUCUGCACAGCCGACGGGGUAGAUUGGAGACAACCAUAUGUGGAUUUCAUCCAAAACGGAAAAUUACCCAGUGACAGGCAGGCGUCCCUAAAAAUCCAAAACAAAGCGGCGCGUUUUUUCAUGCAUGAGGGGAUUCUCUACCGCAGAAGCUAUAGUAAUGCUAUGUUAAGGUGUUUAUCGGACGAGGAGGCCGCUGAAGUAAUGACUCGGUCCCACAAUGCAGAACAUCAAGGAAUGCGGAAGUUGUUUCUACAGCUCUAUGAAGGCGGGUUUUACUGGACCACUAUGGAAAGCGAUACCGCAGAACAUGACGUAAUAUAUUUGCUACGCCAAUAUAAUGUGAGGCUUCAUAUGUCAACCCCCUACUAUCCUCAAGGGAACGGGCAAGCCGAGGAGAGCAAUAAGACGCUCAUCCGGAUCUUGAGCAGGACAGUGGAGGACCACCACAGAGAGUGGAACGAGCAGCUCCCGCUCGCGGUAUGGGCAUACAAAAUCUCGAAACUGAGUUCCACGGGGGCGUCGCCAUAUUCUACGGUCUAUGGGGAGGAUGCAAUUUUACCAGCAGAGAUUGCAAUUCCAUCUGCGAGGGUAGCAGUGCCUAGCCAUACGACACCAUACGAAGUAAGCCGCUUUGCCCAUUUAGAUACAAUAGAAGAGAGGAGAGCCCGGGCGGAACGGUUUGCUGAGGCGUACAGGAAGCGCACAUCGAACUAUUAUAAUCAGAACGUAAAGGAAAGGAGAUUCGAGGUAGACGAUUUGGUCCUUAAGAUUGCUUCUCACGUGCAAAGAAAUGCUAGUGCAGGAAAAUUCGCCGCGAAAUGGGAAGGACCCUUCAGAGUAAGAAAGGUUGCAGAAAGCGGGUAUUACAAGCUCAGACGCAUGAAUGGCACAAAAGUCAAGUCACCCAUCAACGGUAAAUGGAUAAAGAAGUUUUAUGCAUAA